AAAGGCCUGCAGCUGAAGCCAAGACAGCGACGCUGCAACUGCAUCGCAAACGCUCGCACUGCUCCUCGGUUGCAGCAGCGAGUCGCAUUCGUGCAACAGCGCGCCAGGCGAGCAGGACACGCCUGCAACCAACGCAUUGCAAGGACUGCACAUUGCAAGCCAGGCGCUGCAUUGCAGCACGCCAUCGACGCACGAUGAUGCAACGAACAGUAGCGUUGCUCCUCUGCGCCUGCAGCGUCGCGCAAGAGACGGCGACGAAGGAGCCGCGCAAGGUCGAGUUCGAGGCCGUCGUGAACGAGGAGGGCGGCCGCGCGGCGUUCUCCUGGACCGAGGGCGAGGACGUCACCGAGAAAGCUACCCAGUACUGCAAGGAAAACACGAAGGAGGAGCUCUGGGAGCGCUGCAUUAGUGCGGUCAAGCAGCAGGUCGCGGCGUCGCUCAUGGAGGCCGAAUUGCCCGCCCUCGAUUUGGAGGUCCAGGUCGCGGAGGACAAGACCGCGACGUUCUCCCACGUUGAGGGCGGCGAUCUGCGGCUGGAGGCCCACACGUUCUGCAGCGAGUAUGUCGCUGAAGAUAAGGUGCCGGUGUGCGCCCAUCACUUGGUCCAGGGCGCGGUGCAAAAGGCCCAGCAGCUCGCGGCCGCCGAGGAAGGCGGCGCGUCGGCGGCGGACGCGUCGGCGGGCGCGGGCGGCGCGUCGCAGGACGCGGCACCGGCCAAGACCGCACCAAAGCAGGACGCGGCGCCGGCCAAGACCGCGCCGCCGCCGCAGAAGCAGACCAAGUCCGCACCGGCCAAGACGCCGUCGGACUGGGCUCGGUUAGUAGGCCCGGCGCUCGUGGCGCGGGGCGGCGCCUCGCUGAGCGCCGAUGCUCUCGAAAAGAAGAAGAACGUCGCGUUCUUGUUUGCCGCGGACUGGUGCAAACCUUGUAGAGAUUUCGUGCCCAAGCUCGUCAAAUACUACGAGCUGGCCAAGCGCAAGGGCGACGACAAGCUCGAGAUUUUGUGGGUCUCGGCGUCGCGGUCGCAGGAGGCCUUCGACGCGUACCUGAAGGAGAUGCCCUGGCCCGCGGCGCCGUUCCCGCUCGCGGGGCGCCUGGUCCAGGCCUUCCAACAAAAAGGCCACGCGAAGGGCUUCCCGACGCUGUGUUUCAUGGACACGAAUGAAAUAGGGAGCGUGAUCACCUGCGACGGGGUCCAGAAGGUCAUGGCCGACGAGUACGGGCUGACGAUGCCCUACCGGUCGCCGAUCCAGAAUGUGAAAAGGAUGGUGCAGGCCGUCGCGGGCGUCGUGAAGGCGCUGCUCCGGGCGUUGGGUGUGGGGGCGGCAAAGACUAAGUAGUGUCGAAUCGU